ACUUGAGAUGAAAAUUGAAUGUGACAAAUUUAAGUAAAGUCAUUGAAUCGCGUCAAAUUGAAUUGAGCAGCGGAAAAAUGUUCGUUUAGCGUCAAAGUUUUUUUCUGGGGUUGAAGCGGAAGAAGAUUGAACAAACGCAAUCUAACAAUUCAGUGCUUCCAAAUUGAAAGUAAAAGAUCUUCCGAUAAAAUAUUCAUUCGUUAUUGAUUACAAAUAUUUCGAUAUAAACUGAAUGUUCCGCCAUUCAGUGACGUCAUUGCAAACGGAAACACCGAGCAGUAGUUUUUUACGAUAUAUGAGGAAACAUGGCGUCUUUCUUAUCCGUUAGUGUAAUGUGUUAAAUGAGUUGUGCAAGAGAUUUGCAAGUUGUAACAUAAAAAGAAAAGUACUAACACGAAAGUGAAGUCUAAUUUUUUAACGACGAAAUUAUAAAUCAAGAAAAUGCCGGUCGUAUCAGGCGUGUAUCAACAAGCUCCUUCAUGCUGGGAUAGGAUGAAACUGGGUUUCAUGAUUGGAUUUUGCGUUGGAAUGGCAUCUGGUGCUCUGUUUGGGGGAUUUUCUGCACUUAGAUAUGGAUUAAGAGGGAGGGAACUUAUAAACAACGUUGGAAAAGUGAUGCUUCAAGGUGGUGGAACAUUUGGUACAUUUAUGGCUAUAGGAACUGGAAUACGAUGCUAGUACUUGAAGACUUAUGUUUAAUAUUUAGGACACAAAGGAUUGUAAUGCAAGAGAAUUCUGUUAAGUUCUUAAUAAAAUGUUUCUAUGGACUAAGG